AAACUACUGCAGUGCAGGUGAAUGUCGACCGACAAAUUUAUAGAUGCAUUUGCACCAUAAAUAACGAAUUAUUAUCAUAUCUAGAUCAGUCGCAUUAACAAUUUACCCAUGAUUCGUUGCGGUGUACAGCUUUGCAUUGUUCAUUUCGUGUGUAAUUGAAGAUUGUAGUUCAGUUAAGCGAUGCACAAUAAUAAACCGCGACAAUUUGUGCAGUUAUAAGUUGAAACGGAGUACUUGGCAAUUCGUUUUCAGCAACAGUACAUGUUGUAAAGUCGCAUGCUUUAAUACACGUGAGCUUCGGCGAGCAAGUGCAAACUAAUUGAAGGAAAAAUGGCUGCGUGUGCUAUACGACGAGGCUUUCUGACUACGAUAAUUAAAUACAACAAGAAACACACACAUAGAAUAUUGAGUAUUAUUGAAGGCAGUAGAGGACUCGUUUCGAAGAGACCCCGGUUUCCUUGUUUGGCAUGUGAUUUGCCCAACAUUCAGCAGAGGAGGUUUAUGUCGUCACGGAACAGGCCAGAGGGGAAGGUUCUGGAGACCGUGGGAGUGUUUGAGGCACUAAAGCAACAUGGGAAAUAUGAAACGGGCCAGCUUUUCCUUCAUAGUGUGUUUGGGUACCGAGGGAUCGUGUUGUUUCCCUGGCAUGCCCGUCUCUACGACAGAGAUGUCACUCCUCCUGUAUCUGACAGCAAGCCAGACCCUCCAGGUUCGCAUGGGUCCAAGGAGGUGAAGGGGGAGACUCAUACCUACUACCAGGUCCUCAUCGACACCCGGGACUGCCCACACAUAUCUCAGAGGUCUCAGACUGAAGCGGUGACAUUUCUGGCGAACCACGACGACAGCAGAGCCCUUUACGCCAUCCCAGGUUUGGACUAUGUGAGUCACGAAGACAUCCUGCCAUACAACUCCACAGAGCAGGUCCCCAUCCAGCACGAGCUGUUUGAGCGUUUCCUCAUUUUCAACCCUGCCAAAAAUCCCCCGUUCAGUGCCAGGGACACCCUAAAGGCCUGGCAGGAGAAGAACCAUCCCUGGUUGGAGCUGUCCGACGUCCACCGGGAGUCCACGGAGAACAUCAGGGUCACAGUCAUUCCGUUCUACAUGGGCAUGAGGGAGGCGCAGAAUUCUCAUGUCUACUGGUGGCGCUACUGUAUCCGGCUGGAGAACAUGGGGAACGAGGUGGUGCAGCUGAGGGAACGACACUGGAGGAUCUUCAGCCUGUCAGGCACCCUGGAGACGGUCCGAGGCAGAGGGGUCGUGGGCCGGGAGCCAGUGUUGUCCAAAGAGCAGCCGGCCUUCCAGUACAGCAGCCACGUCUCUCUUCAGGCCCCCAGUGGACACAUGUGGGGGACGUUCCGCAUCGAGAGGACCGACGGCUCCCACUUUGACGUGCGCAUCCCCCCGUUCUCCCUGGAGAGCAACAAGGACGACAAGGCCCCGCCCGCCGGCUACACGUUCUGAUGGCGUGCCGCGCCGCUACCCGCAGCCCAGCGGCCCGAGCCGUCCUUUAGGAACGGAGCAAAACCCUUCCUCUGCCACUUUUCCUCAUUAAUAUUUUAAGAAACCUGUUAUUUAAUCAAGCACAUUAAAACACAGGAUGUUGAAUGAAAAAGGCAAAUUCCUGAUGUCCUUUCAGCAACACUGAAGAGAAGCCAUGGGCCCCAGAGGUUGUCGAUCAAGAACAUUCUGCACUAAUGGUCUUAGCUAAUAUGAGUGGGAAUUAAUUAGGCUAAGUGUUUAUUUCAACAAUAGUUGCUCGACCCAGAAGGAUUGUACAAGCCAGGCCCUUUUUGGUAUCUACCUUGUGUUUGUGAGAAAUUAGUCGACCUGGUGGGGAACUACUGAAUGGAUUUUUUUAUUGAAGCCAAAUAGAAUGUGUUCAAUAAUAUAUAUUUAUCAGAGACCUCAGUCUAUACCUUGUGUUGCCGACGUAGACUAUAAUGCAUAUGACUGAGGGCUGAGAGCCUGUUCGCUUGGUCAUCUCUUCGGGGCUUAGCGGUAGGGGGCACAAAAUGGACGUUUUGUUUCAAAAGCCACAGGCUGGAUACCAACCUGGUUGUCUCGCAACACACUAUGGCCUGUGAGUUGCGUUACCUUUCAGUGGCAGUGGGCUGUAUAGGAUCUAGGUUGACUUAUGGAACGAUGCCCCCAGAAUGUCAAAUAGCGACUGCAAGUGGACUCUAGGAUGGCAUUGUUGGCCACGCCGAUAUCACCACUUGCAACUGAAACAUGUCCGAGGUACAGGGUGGGUUAAGCAGGGCGCCAUGUUCUGGUUCAGAUGGAAACGGCAGGGAACCAAAUGUUACACACCGUGUAUUUCUGUGUGAACAUUUUGUAACGCUGCACCCUUCUGAAUGUGUCCCGUUUGAGGUGGUGAGCGAGAGCAUCUGAAAGGGUGAUUGGCCACUUGUCUAGUGUGGAAUGACUGAACUGCCUUGUGGCCCUGUUCAGGGAGGAAGCCAUUGUUUUGGUUAUAUAAAAUGACUGUAAUGUUUGAAUGAUUUACUGUAAAUAAAGUUGUAAAGGCAAGAAAAUAAAUACAUUUUGAGAAACGGA